AUGUUUUUUUUAAAAAAGCAUAAAUUUGGAUUAUCAGGUUAUCUUCAAUGCCCUUAUUUACUUGGUGGACUAUUUGAAGUUACUUUAUCUAGCAACUACAAUACGUAUGAAAAAAAUCCUUUAGCUAAAGUUCGUGCUAAACUUAAUACCUCUUUUGAUAUUUAUGCAAGCGUAACAACUCUAAAAACAAUUCAUCCUUGUGUUAAAAUAUAUCACAAUUGUUUUCGUUCAAAAUCACAUUGUCUUGGUUUAAUAAUAAUUCCGAUUCCUCAAAAUUUUGUUUACAAAAAAAAAAGCCUGCUUAAUUUUUAUAGUUUAGGAAAAUUUGAUUUAAGUCGCCAACAAAGUCAUAUUUUAGAUUGUGGUAUAAAAAAAAAUCGUCGUACCAUAUAA